UUUCUUUCAAGUUAUGUCAUUUUUCGUAUUUAUAUUUUAUUUAAAUUGCUUAGUAAACAUAUUAAAUAAAAUAUAAUUAAUUUAUUCUCGUAAUGAUUUUAAAGUGCACAAUUAUUUACGUAUAUUAACAUGUAAUUGAAUUAUUUUGUUAAUAAAGUAAGGUUAAAUUUAAGUACAAAUACAGAGGAUAAUAGAACAUACUAAAAUAUUGAUAUAGCAACAUAAAUACAAUAUUCAGUUUGCAAUAAAAGUUUCAUAUAUAAUUUAAUACACAAGUUAUUUUUCAAUGCACUCUUCAUGCAUGAUUAUUUUUAAUUGUAAUAAAUUAAAUGUGUGCACUAGUUAGUGUAUUUCAUGCAUUAAACAAUAAAUGAUCGUGUACAAUUGAAAGAUUUAAAUAAUUAUCGAUUAAAGCAUACCUUAAUAAACUAACUUAAAGUGCUAAAAAUUCUUUGAUAAAACUAAAUUAUUUUCGUGAUUCAAUUUGAUAUAAUAGACAAUGUGUGAAUGUGAACAUAUCUUUGUAAUGUAAUAUAUAACUUUAAGACGCUCAUGCAGAGGGCAAUACCAGAGGGGAACAAGAAGAAAAUCUUGGUUACACAAGCGAAAUGUCUUCUACACCAGAAAAAAGACCUGCCUCUCCAGGAUUAGUUCAACCAUUGGCCAAACAUCGAAAGCUUGAUCAAAGAUUUGUUUCUUCUGAAGAAAAUAAUUACAAUCAUAACUCUUACCAUGAUGAUAAAUCAAGGAGCAACAACUUAAGCAGUAAUAACGUUCAUUUUAAAAAGAACCAAGAAGAGAAACAAGCAAUCAACGCUAGAAGAGAUCUGAAUUUUUCUGCAAAUCAAGAAAUUAAUAUAGAAAAUAUAAGACUAAGCAAAUUAAAUGCCAAUACCAAUAUUGAAAAGUAUCAAAUAGACAACAAAAAAAAUUUACAAAAUAUCAGACUGAAGGAGCUUAGAGUUAUAUUGGAAGAUGUAAGAUAUAUGGAUAUAAAACAUGAAAAUAAGAAGAGAAUGAAAAAAUUACUAAUGGAGACUACUCUUUGGGAAGUAGAAAAGAUUCUUGCAAAGAAAGAAUUAAAAGGAGAGCCAACUUAUUUAAUCAAAUGGAAGAACUGGAAUUCACAGUAUAACACAUGGGAACCAGCGUCGAAUUUAGUAAACUGCCCGGAUGUUCUAGAAGAAUUUGAAAAGAGUAGAUUACAAUUGAUCGAUCGUUUCAAGAAGAAAACAAAUUUUUAUCCGAAUGAUAGGGAUAUUGGAGAAUUUUUAAAUUAUCAUAAGUGUAGAGGAGAGAUGAUAACAUCAAUUUCAGUAGAACCAAAUACAGUAUACAUUAAUAUAACCAAAUAUUUACAUCAAAAGUAUGUCAAAAGUAGUAAAUUAGAGAAAGUUAUAAAACAUGAUAUUCUCCGUAUGUUAGUCAUUGAUUUAAGGAAAAAACAGCUAGAAUCUUUAGAAGAGUGGGAAAAUGAAAUGAAUACUAUCACUAAAGGUAAACCAUUAAUACGGGUGGAGAAUGUAAUAGACUUGGAAACAGCACCUCGAGACUUCUAUUAUAUAGAAGAUUAUCUACCUGGUAAUGGAGUCAUAAUACCUGAUGAUCCACCCAUUGGUUGCGAAUGCAAAUCUUGUAAUUCUAAGACGAACUGUUGCUUUGCCCAGGAUAACGGACUAUGUCCGUACACCCCAUCAUGUAAGAUUCGAGUUCCACCUGGAACACCGAUAUACGAAUGUAACAAACGAUGCAACUGCGACAUGAACUGCUUCAAUCGAGUAGUGCAACGUGGCAGCAAGAUGAAGUUUUGCAUUUUUAGAACUGCCAAUGGACGGGGUUGGGGUGUGAAAACAUUACAAGCGAUUAAAAAAGGUUCUUUUGUCACACAAUAUGUGGGCGAAGUCAUAACAAACGAGGAGGCCGAAAAGCGUGGCAAAGAAUACGAUGCCGCUGGUAGAACAUACUUAUUUGAUCUUGACUAUAAUGAAUCUGAAGAAGAAUGUCCAUAUACUGUAGAUGCUGCCGUAUAUGGUAACGUUUCGCAUUUCAUCAAUCAUUCUUGCGAUCCAAAUCUCGCUGUCUAUGGUGUUUGGAUCAAUUGUCUUGAUCCGAAUCUUCCUAAGCUUGCAUUGUUUGCAUUGAGAGAUAUUAAACAAAACGAGGAAAUUACCUUUGAUUACAUGUGUCAAUCAUCAAAGAAUAGCGAAAAUUCUAUUAAGCAAAAUAUGUCGAUGAAAGAGAAUUUAAAUAUAUAUAUGAACACGGAAUUUCAAGAGGAGUUAGAAUUACGUCCAGAAACACCAGAAUCAGACUUGUCGAAUAAUAGGACCUUAUGCAAAUGUGGCGCUCGAAGUUGUAGACGAUACUUAUUUUGAAUAACUGUUCACAAAUUUAUUAUACUAAUACCGUUAUAAACAUGUAGUUUUUAUCAGUUUGAUAACCGUGCGAGAAACUGAAUGGAUUAAACACUAUGUUACUAGAAUCGAAUUAAAUUUCGGCUAUUUCUCUAUUCAUUUAAUUAUUAAACAAUAGAUUAUAUACUUACUUAGAAAAUAGUUAAAAUACUUAGGAAAUGUUUGAUAAAGUUUUUACAAUUUUAUAUAUAUUUGUUCAAAAUAAUUAUAGUUGAAUUGUAUUACAUGUUA